AUGUGGGUUGGAUAUUCGAAGAGUCUUCGUUGCCUGGAACCUGCAGUGGCUUCCAUGGAGAAUGGAAGGUAUAGGUUUUAUGCCGUUAAAAAGGGACGAAUUCCAGGAAUUUACCUGAUAUGGGAAGAAUGCAGCGCACAAGUGAACGGGUUUAAAAAGAACGAAUACAAGGGGUUUCAUAUUCGUGCAGAGGCUGAAGAAUAUAUGCGCCGCGGAGGUUGCUUCUAUGGAGGUGGAGGGAAUGCGUUUGGAGGUGGUGGGUGUUCCCAACAUCUACCUCUGGCUUCUGUAUAUGCAAGCCCUUCUUCUCAAAAAGUGCAAUACUUGGGCCAUUCUCCUAGCAGUGUUUUCGUUGGUGAUGAUAGUCGUGGCACAUCCGCAUCGUCAGGUGGAGAAGUGGUCUCCGAGACCCAAGAUCCUGGAUUUUUGUAUGUGGAGGACUUUGAACUAAUGCUCAUCAAUGCAAGAGGAUUAGAAUUUGUGGCAUAUGGCCCAGAGUCUGAAGAGGAAAAGGAGGCUAGGCAAGAAGUUUCUUUCGCCAUGCUAAAUAAAUUGGUCGAUGCUGGUGGAAAGAGCAUUUGUGACUAUGGUAAUCGAGUCCUCGAUCGUAUGCAACACCAGAUGAAGGAUGAGAUGCCACAGUCGAUGUUUGAGCAAAUUCGGAUGCUUGAGGAGGAGAACGUUGAACUGAGGCACCAGGUCAAAAUGAUUGAGGAAAUGUUGGGUGAUUAA